AUGAGCCUUUUGCAAACGUACCUUCUUGAUCCAACAAGGCGAGAAAGGGAGUUCGAUGCUUCAGGAUAUCAGGAGAAAGAAUUUUGUAAUGGCAUUCAAAAGAUCGCAAAUGCCCUUGAUACGAGGUUGGCAUGUAGUAAGCAGCUCAUGUCCGGCAAAUGUAAUGCAGAAUUACUUCAACGGCUGCAAAAGGAGAAUACCCCCAUAGGAGGCAAGACUGAGAAGUCAACGAGUGGAAGAGCCAGAGAAGAGUGGUAG